CUGUUGCUAUGACUCCUGGGGUAUAGUAUUACAUCGUAGCCUAUUACAAGCAAAACUGAUUGAUGCACACUCUGCUCGCUUGUACCGAUGGAGGAGUGCAUGAGAACGCAUACUUCGCGACCCGCAGAAAUACAUGAACUUGAUCGUCCUUCGUAACUUCACUGACUUUAUUUAGGCUACUUGGCAAUAAUACAUUCAUGUAUGAUCUUACCUGCAUGCGUAUCCUUCCAAGAUGACACUCAACACAGAACGAGAGGGUAAGGCAACCCUCCGGAGAAGAGCAAGCACUCCCAUCCCCUCCUCUCAUCAGCCGGGCCCGAGAGACAGAGAACUCCCAGUCGACUCUCAUCACCCUCCGCUUGGCCAGUCUGCUUCUUACCAGCCCGGUGACAAAAGCAUUCAUUCCCUGGCCAACUGGUCAUCAGGCUCUGAAGAGUCAGACAGCUCUGGAGCUGAAUGCCUCUAUCGCGUAGUUUUGUUGGGAGACCAUGGAGUAGGGAAGUCAAGCCUUGCCAACAUAUUCGCAGGAAUACAAGAAAAAGAUGCACACAACUACAUAGAAGAAGACACUUAUGAAAGAACACUGACGGUGGAUGGAGAAGAGACCACUCUCAUAGUAAUGGAUACAUGGGCAACAGAAAAGCAGGAAGAGGAUGAGAACUGGGUUCAGGAUUAUUGCAUGCAGGUGGGCAACGCUUACGUCAUCGUCUACUCCAUCACAGAGCGCAGCAGCUUCGAGAGCGCCUCCGAGCUGCGGAUCCAACUACGACGCCUCCGCCAGGCUGAGAACAUUCCCAUCAUCCUCGUAGGCAACAAGAGCGAUCUGGUGCGCUGCCGAGAGGUGGCGGUAGAAGAAGGACGGGCUUGCGCUGUCGUCUUUGACUGCAAGUUCAUCGAGACAUCAGCAUCACUGCACCACAACGUCCACGAGCUGUUCGAGGGCAUCGUGAGGCAGAUCCGUCUGCGGCGGGACAGCAAGGAGGCCAACGAGCGCCGCCGCUCCAUCUACAAACGCAAAGAGAGCGUCACCAAAAAGGCCCGGCGCUUCCUCGACAGGCUGGUGGCCAAGAACAACAAAAAGAUGGCCCGCAAAGUGCGCUCCAAAUCCUGCCACGACCUUGCCGUUCUGUGAGGGGAUGCCCCCUGAGUUUUCUUCUUCUUCUACCAUCAUCCCGCUCUCUUCGACAGAUCCUGAAAGAUCCUGAACAGGUCCUGUUGAGUUCUCUGAGACUUUGAAAAUCACCAGUUAUGGACAUGUUGGGGGUUUUGUUGUGUUAUUUGUUAUUUAUUUAAUAGUUUCAAAGCUGGUGGACUGUGUUAUUGAUCACUUUUCUACUGACUCUCUUCACAAUACUUUCAGCUAAUAUAUCUGAAUAAUAUAUCUGAAAGAUUAUGUUGUUUUGAAGAGAUUUAAAAGAAAUUUGGGGUAUUUGUUAAACCAAAGGUUUGUUACUAUAUAUAACAGAUGAGAUAGGUUUUGUUUUGUUGGACAUCUAUCAGCAUUUGGCCUCUCAUAUUGGCAGACUAGCCUAGAGGAUCCAGUUCCAACUGCACAGUUACUUCUGCUAUUUUUAAGGUGACAUAACAGUAAAAGAUCCUUUACCAUUUCCUACAAAAAAUUUACUUUUUAAAUACUGAAGUAUUUUGCUACAACGUGAUCACUGUCCAAAGAGGUAACAGAAAAAAGACCAUGGUCUUUGGUUUAAAUAUUUGCACUAAUGUACAUUGUUUCACUGACCUGUACUAACUGGCCAUUUUACAUCCCAAUU